AGCUUUUAACCGGAUCUCUCCACAGUCCCAGGCCCCAUUUCUAGGCCUCCCAGCUGAGCCGUUAGGAAGAGCCUGGAAAAGUGGACCAUAGCUGCUUUUGAGGCAGACAGGGAAAAGCUCCUCUUCCUUCAUUUAUCCUCUUCCUCAAAGCAAAGCAAUCUGUUUCUGUACAACAAAACAGAGGUCUGUGUUUACAAACAAGAUGGCCGCCGAGGACAACCUGGGUUUCAUGCAGUCAGGUCAGAGCGAGAAGCACAGACGGGCCAGGAACUGGACAGACGCAGAAAUGAAGGGCCUCGUCUACGUGUGGGAAGAGUUCAUCACUGAGCUCCGGAAGGCCAAGAGGAACGCCAAGAUCUACGAGAAGAUGGCCAAGAGGUUCUUCGAGCUCACGGGCGAGCAUCGCCACAGAGAGGAAAUUAAGAUGAAAAUAACAAAUAUGACUUUCCAGUACAGGAAAAUGAAGUGCAUGACUAACGGCAGCACCCCGUCGCCUGAGUGGCCGUACUUCAGAGCCAUCGACAGGAUACUGUCCCAGGCCCUUGACUCGAAUGGGCUGCCCAGCUGUGACCGCCAGCCAACACCACCGCUAUCCACAGCCCGGCCUGAGUCCAAGUCUGUGCCCACCGAGCCCUCCCCCCCAGGUUUUAUUCCAGAGUACACAGGAUCUUCUGAGGAACAGGAGCCUCCAGAAGAGGGGGGGCAUUCAGAGAGCUCAGCCAGCCUGCAGUCGCAGGAGUCCAGGUCACCUCAGGUGCCCAUCAGGAGGAAGAAGAUCCAGCGGCUGAGCCUGAAAAGGAGGAAGCUGCGUGUCCUGGAAGCCAUGCUUCAGGAGCAGAGAAAGGCAGGCCGCAACCUGGAGGAGGUCUGCCGGGAGGUGCGGCGUGUCAUGCACCAGCAGAACUUCCUGCAGGUACAAAGCCUGCAGCUCCAGGAGCGCAUGAUGAACCUCCUGGAGAAGAUGAUCUCGCCGCCCACACAGCUCCCGGCCUGGGUCUCUGCUGGAGCCAGGGAACCAGGGCCAGGCCAGGCCUGAUCGUGUGGCAUCACCCCACCCACAGGCACACAGACACACUUCAUGACACUAAAAUGUCACUUGAUGCAUGUACAACAGGCUUAAGUAGCAGUGAGAUCUACAGAAAUAUCUAGACCAGUGUUCCCCAAUCCGAUCCUCUGGGACCCACAGUUGGUGGGUUCAGAACUUUGUUAUUUUGACAUUUCAGAACUUUGUCAGACCGACAAUGGAUAUUUGCCUCUUGUGCUGAAUAUAUGCACAUAUGUACCUGUCCAGCCACACAUGCUUAAUUCAUCUCAGGCAAUAUGAUAGCACUGUGAUAAUUAAUAUUAAACA